UCUGGCAACCCUGCUCCUACUACAGUGUAGUGAAGAGAAGAUUAAAGCUCACUGUAAAUCAGUGACAGCGGGUAAAAACAGGGGAUAAUACAUCACCUGAAGGGAUUAUAAUACAUUAUAGUGUAUAGAGGGUUUUUUUUCUACAGUUUUAUCACCAUCAGGAGGGGUUUCAUUGUGCAUUUCUGCAGCAUUAAAGCCGAACAGGAGGGUAAAUUGUUGACGAUGGGAAACGCCGCGGCCGCUAAGAAAGGCAACGAGCUGGAGAGUGUCAAAGAGUUCUUAGCCAAAGCCAAAGAAGAUUUCCUGAGGAAAUGGGAAUGUCCACCACAGAGCACAACUUGCCUAGACGACUUUGACAGACUGAAGACUCUGGGCACGGGCAGUUUCGGGAGAGUCAUGCUGGUGAAACACAAAGGAACAGAGCAGUUCUACGCCAUGAAAAUUUUGGACAAACAGAAGGUGGUGAAACUGAAGCAAAUAGAACACACACUAAACGAGAAGAGAAUAUUACAGGCGGUAUCGUUCCCCUUCCUCGUCAGACUGGAAUAUGCCUUCAAGGAUAAUUCCAACCUGUAUAUGGUGAUGGAGUACGUACCGGGUGGUGAGAUGUUCUCACAUCUAAGAAGAAUCGGGAGGUUCAGUGAACCACAUGCACGGUUUUACGCAGCGCAGAUAGUCCUCACUUUCGAGUACCUCCACUCGCUAGACCUCAUCUACAGAGACCUGAAGCCUGAGAACCUUCUCAUCGAUCAGCAUGGCUACAUACAGGUCACUGACUUUGGUUUCGCAAAACGAGUGAAGGGCAGAACCUGGACGUUGUGUGGAACUCCGGAGUACCUGGCGCCAGAGAUCAUCCUCAGCAAGGGCUACAACAAAGCAGUGGACUGGUGGGCACUGGGAGUACUCAUAUAUGAAAUGGCUGCGGGUUACCCUCCAUUCUUCGCUGACCAGCCCAUUCAGAUCUACGAGAAGAUCGUGUCUGGAAAGGUACGAUUCCCGUCUCACUUCAGUUCAGAUCUGAAGGACCUGCUAAGGAAUCUGCUUCAGGUCGACCUGACGAAACGGUACGGCAACCUCAAGAACGGCGUCAACGACAUCAAAAACCACAAAUGGUUUGCCACGACAGAUUGGAUCGCCAUCUAUGAGAGAAAGGUGGAGGCUCCUUUUAUUCCGAAAUGCAGAGGUCCAGGAGACACGAGCAACUUCGACGACUAUGAAGAGGAGGACAUCCGCGUGUCUGUUACAGAAAAAUGUGCAAAGGAGUUUGCCGAGUUUUAGUCUGGACAUGUCAGAGCUAUACGUAUACAUAUAUACGUAUAUGUAUUUAUCUAUAUAAAUACAUAUAUAUAUGAGUGUGUGUGACUGUGUGCGCAUGAAUGCGUGUGCGAGCGUGUGUAUAACCACACAGCAAAUGAAAUAAGGGGAUCUUUGCACUCUAAAGACACGGGGACGGAGCGGAGACCACAUCAUCACAUCAGAGUUACUGCAUAGCUCCUUCAUUCCGUCUGGUUCAUCAAGAGGCCAACAAAGCCCUCGCGCUUUACACGUUACAUCAGACUCUUCACUCGCUCAUAUAACCCUCUUUAUUUUUAUUCUUUCGUUUGAUAAAUGUCUCGGAUGUUGUUUUCCCCAUUGUUUUAAAGGUGAGAAGGUUUUCAACAGUGUUCAGGACUAGGACUUCAUAUGCCAAUACACACCAAGUGCCAGUUUAUCAGGUAACCCUGCCAUACAGGUGGAUUUCUGACUGCAGCCCUUCUGUUGCUCCAUCACAGGACCACCGCUCGCUAGAUGUUUGGGUGUGUCAUAAUAUAGUAGAUUAUGAGAAUACAAAGUGUUCAGAAACUCCAAGAGCACACCCGCCACCAGGGAGCCUCAUAAGAAUGUGCGAUUUUAUAUAUUUAUAUAUUUUAAAAAUAUGUUUGAUGUACAUGCGUAACAUGGAGCCACGAUUACAGCGGCAAGCAACGGUUGAUAUUUGAGAUUUUCUCAAUUCCAUGCAAACUGGCGAAGGCAGGGUAAAGCAGCAAACCCAAACUAUCAGCAUGAAUGAUUCUCUCAGUUCCGUUCUCAAAACUUCAGUUCCCAUUUAGUUCAGUGUCCACGUGAGACAAACAACACGAGCUCAAGGUUUCCACAGAAACAGGACAAUUCGGACACAGGUAAAUUACGUUGUUUGCUUAUGAAAGACAUAAAAAAAAGAAUAAAAAUUAUGCCUCUACCACUAGGUAUGAUUUCGGUUUGUCCGUGCAUCCAUCUGAGAUUCUCGUUAGCACAAUAUCUCAAGAACAAGUGGCUGAAUGUUUGUAGGAUUAUUUUUUAUUUAUUUAGUUUUUGGGGGGGAGUUAUCACUGUAUCCAACAGAUGAACUGAUUAGAUUUUGGAAUUGGAAGGUCAAAGCAAUGUCAAAUGCCUGAAAUAUUUUUUUUUUUCCCCAAAUAGCAUCCUUCCUGUCUGAAAUAUAUUUCAAGGGUAUUUAAGGCAUAUAAAUUAAUAACAAGAAGGAUUAGACUUGUUGGCAGUGGAGGCAUCCUUGUCCACGCCGUUGCCGUUGAGUUCUACUUGUUUACUAUGUUUGCACUUUUAGCUGACUUUUAGGGGAAAAAAAAAAAAUAAAAAAAUUUUGAGACAGGACAAAGCUGAGUAGUUUAGUUUAAGGGUCUUGUUCAUGAGCUCCACAGUGAGCAGGUUGGUGGUCCUGGAAUUUGAAUUCACAACCUUUUGACCAGUAGCCCAAAGCCUUAACCACUGAGCCAUGACUUCAUAUCAAAGCAUGUCAUCGUUUAGGACUGAAAAGAUUCAGAUCGCGCCCUGCACACUGCCAUGUCAGUGUCACUGCUGUGCCUCGGAAUGAGUCUCCACUCAGAUAAUAUCUAACCUCCUCUGGUGGUCAUUUUCACUUAAUGGAUGGAUGGUUCAUACCAACAGAUGGGCUGCAGUCAGUAAUUAUAAUUAAUAUUAAAUAACUAGCCUGAGUUUAGCUACACGGCGGGUGAGCGUGAUAAACCGGCACAUUGCUCAGAGUUGAUGCCAGUUGUGAUAUCAGCAGUGUCAUGUAGCUACGAUUUGAAGGAUACGUGUUGCAUUAUGUCUGUUACAUGCUUUGUGUCUUUUUUUUUUUUUUUUUUUUUUUUUUUCCCUUCAUUUUUGAGUAACAGCAGUUAUCUUACCUCAGACUCAACCUCUGACCACUUUUUUUUUUUCUCUCGUCAGCUUGCAGAGGUGCCGCUUCUUUAUUGUGCAUAUUUAAUGAUUUUGAAAGGGUUUUUACUUCAGCCAGUGUUGAAAGCAUGACCAAAACGACUGAGCUGUGGAUGCUGGAAGUUUUUUAUCCAUCACGACUGAGCCCACAGAUUGUCUGUCGAAGAGUUGAGUGUUACAGCGACCCUUAGUACAACCUGCACUUAAAAAAAAAAAAAAAAAAAAAAAAAAAAAAAAAAAAUCCAAACAUAACAGACUUGCCCUGGCUUUUUGGCUUGUUGUACCAUUGCAUAAGUUAUGUAUUAUUUUACAGCUUUGAUGUCUGUCCAUUGGUGAAGAGGUUAUAUCUUAAAAUGCCCUGGUACAUCUUUAAAAUUUGGCUCAGAACAUUCAGAAAGUACUGUAUAUUUUCAUUAAAUGAUCUGUAGCAGAUACCGUUUGCUGUGAAUGUGGAACUGAUGGUUUCCUGGGGUUUGUGGAAACCAACCCUGAGACUUGCCAGAUACACGUGACAUCUUUUUUUUUUUUUUUUCCAACACAUCAUGCUCCAAUUUCUGUCUCUUUCUAUCCUUGUUUCUUUCAUUGUAAUGACUGAAUUUAGAGUUGCAACUCGUAGGUAUGGAUGUUGUUUGCAAUGCUUGAUUUCCAAGGUACAUUCUCACAGACACACAUACUUCGAAAAAUUAUUAAAAAAAAAAAAAAAAACACAGACUGGGGUUUGUUAGCCUCGGCUCCUUUGUAUCACAGACUUCAGUUAUUGUUCUGCUCAUAAUGCAUAUAUGCAUUGUUUCUUAUAUAUGUUUUUAUUUAUACACAUUAGAGAUGCUAAUAAAUUUUAUUUUUAAAAUUG